GGCCGCGCUGCGCGCGGGAGACCGCCUGGUGGAGGUCAACGGCGUCAACGUGGAGGGCGAGACGCAUCACCAGGUGGUGCAGAGAAUCAAAGCCGUGGAGGGGCAGACUCGGCUGCUGGUGGUGGACAAGGAGACGGAUGAGGAGCUGCGCCGGCGGCAGCUGACCUGCACCGAGGAGAUGGCCCAGCGAGGCCUUCCGCCAGCCCAUGAACCCUGGGGGCCGAAGCCGGACUGCACACGUGCGGGCAGCUGUGGCUCUGACGCUGGCCAGAAGGGUGCCAACGGGCCCCCAAAGGAGCCACGCCCCCGGCUCUGCCAGCUGCGAAAGGGACCCCAAGGCUACGGGUUCAACUUGCACAGUGACAAGUCCCGGCCUGGCCAGUACAUCCGCUCUGUGGACCCAGGCUCACCUGCUGCCCACGCCGGCCUCCGUGCCCAGGACCGACUCAUCGAGGUCAAUGGUCAGAACGUGGAAGGGCUACGUCACGCGGAGGUGGUCGCCAGCAUCAAGGCCCGGGAGGACGAGGCCCGGCUGCUGGUGGUGGACCCUGAGGCGGACGAGUACUUCAGGCGGCUGCGGGUCACACCCACUGCGGAGCACCUGGAAGGUCCGCUGCCGUCACCAGUUACCAAUGGGACCAGCCCUGCCCAGCUUAAUGGCGGCUCGGUGUGCUCAUCCCGGAGUGACCUGCCUGGUUCAGACAAGGACACGGAGGACGGCAGUGCCUGGAAGCGGGACCCCUUCCAGGAGAGUGGCCUCCACCUGAGCCCCACGGCAGCCGAGGCCAAGGAGAAGGCCCGGGCCACGCGGGUCAACAAGCGGGCGCCGCAGAUGGACUGGAACCGGAAGCGCGAGAUCUUCAGCAACUUCUGAGCCCCUCCCUGCUCGCUCAUGGCGACCUGCUCCCUUGUGGACCCAGGCUCCCCAAGCCUCUGUAGACUGCAGGGUGGUCCCGUGCCCCAGAGAGCCCUGUCCUGGCCCCACCUGCUGGGUGCUCGGGGGUCUGUGGCAGUGAGAGGUGGAGGUGGAGAGAGACCGCAGAGCCGGGGAGGGGGAGGGGGGCAGCGGCGACCCGUGGGGCGAAGGCCUGCUGACUGAGGAAUUUGUAGUUUUGCUUUUUUUCCAAAAAGAUCUCCAGCCACAUGUUUCCACUUAAUAGCAGAGCCCCUCCCCCGCCCCUCGGGACGCACUCUGAAUAAUUGCAAUAAAACAACCCUUUCUCUGCAAACCACUUCCUCCCAGCCCACCCCGCACCGCAUCCUCCCUAGGGUGGGGUCACUGGGCCAGGUCCCCCCAACCCCCCCACCCCGCUUCUGCCCCAGGAGUCUGGGAUGCUCAGCCUGGGUUCUCCGAGGGGCCGGAGGCCCUAGGCCCUCUCCCUUUGGCACCACUCAGGCCUGGGGAGUGUGUGUGGGCGAGAGCUGGCCCCAGGAAGGACCUGGGCCUCUGGGCUUGGCCCCGCCUGGCACCCCACCUGCAGACUGUCCACUGUGCCCUGAACCCUGACCGGACCGAUGACACUGCUGCCUGCCUCUUAAGCCAUAGCGCAUGCGCGCCCUUGGAAUAAACUGGCCUUGCCUCGGAA